AAGAUUUACGCCCCUCGCCUCGCCAGUCGCCGCCGCAAACGCGCCCCCAGCAAAACGCAACCGCACAAAAGCUCUUGCAGAUCAAUCUCGCAGUCGCAUUCCUCCCCCUCCUCUCCCGUCUUCCGGCCUCAGCUCCUGCUCCCUCUCCUUAUAUAAUCGGUUGCCUCGCCACCUCACCGAAGAAAAUCCCCCACACGCGCGCACAUCAUCCCCCCAUUCUCCCCCUUUUCCCCUCUCCCUCUCCGUCCGUGUGCCCGUGCCAGUUCUUGGAGGGGGUCGAAAUGGCGGGAAAGCGCGAGCUGGUGAUCAGCUUCGGGGAGAUGCUGAUAGACUUCGUGCCGACGGUGGCGGGGGUGUCGCUGGCGGAGGCGCCGGCGUUCGUCAAGGCCCCCGGGGGCGCGCCGGCCAACGUCGCCAUCGCGGUCGCGAGGCUCGGCGGCGCGGCCGCCUUCGUCGGCAAGCUCGGCGACGACGAGUUCGGCCGGAUGCUCGCGGGCAUCCUCCGCGACAACGGCGUCGACGCCAGCGCCGUCGUCUUCGACUCCGGGGCGCGCACCGCGCUCGCCUUCGUCACGCUGCGCGCCGACGGGGAGCGCGAGUUCAUGUUCUACCGCAACCCCAGCGCCGACAUGCUCCUCACCGCCGCCGAGCUCAACGUCGAGCUCAUCAAGAAGGCUGCAGUCUUCCACUAUGGAUCAAUAAGUUUGAUUGCUGAGCCUUGCCGGACUGCACAUCUUCGUGCCAUGGAGAUAGCCAAAGGGGCUGGCGCUUUGCUCUCCUAUGAUCCAAACCUGAGGGAGGCAUUGUGGCCUUCCCGUGACGAGGCUCGCACCAAGAUCUUGAGUAUCUGGGACCAGGCAGAUAUUGUCAAGGUCAGUGAAGUCGAGCUUGAGUUUUUGACUGGCAUCGACUCAGUGGAGGACAAUGUUGUCAUGAAGCUGUGGCGCCCUACAUUUAAGCUUCUCCUGGUCACUCUUGGAGAUCAAGGAUGCAAGUACUAUACCAAGGAUUUCCGUGGAGUUGUCCCAUCCUACAAAGUACAGCAAGUUGAUACAACAGGUGCCGGCGAUGCAUUUGUUGGAGCUCUGCUCCGAAAAAUUGUCCACGAUCCAUCGUCAUUGCAAGAUCAGAAAAAGCUUGUGGAGGCGAUUAAAUUUGCCAACGCAUGUGGAGCAAUCACCGCCACGAAGAAAGGAGCAAUCCCUUCACUGCCCACCGAAGUUGAGGUCUUGCGGCUGAUAGAGAAAGCAUAGAUUGUCAUGUGCUUUAUGGUUUUCACUAGCUUCAAAUUCUGCAAAUUGUAUUGUAUGCUGAUCUUGAUCAGGAACAGAUGUACUCCUAGGAUACCUCUGCCUUUUUUGUUUGCCCUAAUCCCCUUUUUUGUAAAGGGAUUUUUGAUUUGGAAUCCUAAUCUGAAUAAGCAGAGCUCCUUCAAUAUCACUUUGCCAUUUAUGUGAUUAAAUAACUGGUCCCUAGUUGUAUUAUCAUCCUGUUCUGUCCUGAAUUUA